AUGGCAGAUGGAAUCCACUCAACUGGCCGCGGCGGCGCUGGCAACAUUGGUCGCGACGAUACCAUUUACACUGAUGGUAGCAUCGUGCGUGAAGGCUUCGUCGGCGAGUCCUCGAAACCCGAAUAUUCAUCUGGUCGUGGAGGUGCUGGCAAUAUUGUUGACUCACCCAGAGUGAAGCCAGUGGGCGACAAGACUUCUGCCUCUGAGGAUGUGAUCCCCGAACCUGCCAUGCGUAACUCUGCAGGCUACGACAACUUCCACACCGGCCGUGGGGGUGAGGGAAACGUCUAUAAGGAAAAGUACGGAGGUCACAGCAACCCUCAGGAUAAGGAAAAGGAGAAGCAGGGCGAGAAGGAAACCCUGGGUGACAAAGUCAAGCACCUUUUCGGCAAGAAGGAAUAG